AUGUCUCAGCAAGCCGAAUCCCACGAGAGCACCAUUCAUCAAAUUACUCUAGAUGGACUAGACCUUCUGCAGAAGACCCUCCAAAAGCCUUCGAGUGAGGAACAGCAAUUCCUUGACUUAGGAUGUGGCAUAGGUGAUGUCACGCGUGAAGCGCUUCUUCCCCGCUGUCUUCCCGUCGGCAAAAUCGUUGCUGCGGACGUCUCCAAGGACAAGAUUGAGACCGCCAAGAAGCACUUCGCCCAUCCUAAGAUCUGCUACGACGUUCUCGAUGUCCUAGCGGAUGACGUGUCCGCCUUCGUGAAGAAGUACGGUCAGUUUGAUCGAGUCUACGCCAUCUUCCUCUUUAACUGGGUGAAAGACCAGGAGAAAGGAUUUAAGAACAUCUUCGAAUUGUUGAAGCCCGGUGGAGAGUGUCUCUGCAUGUUUUACGCUUCCAGUUUCCAUCUUCAGUUUCGAAAGAAGUUGGCCAAUACGGAACGUUGGAAGAACUAUGCGGAGAUUUGUGAAAGUACUACUCCUGGCACCAUAGACCUGGUUGGAAACGAAGCCCGGAUUUCCUACAUGAGACGCCUCUUGAAAAGCGCCAACUUGACACCGACCUUCUGCGAUGUCAUAACGGAAAUAUCAACGCGUUACGGCACUAAAGAGGACCUUACACGAGAACUGAUGGAGAUCAACCCGCUCACAGCCAAAAUAAGCAAGGAAGAAAUGCCGUUUCUUCGAGAGGAGGUGAUGAAGGAAGCGGACAGACUGUGGGCCGAAAAAGAAGCCGGUGGAUCUCCACUUGACUACCCCGUGUACAUUGUUCGCGCCUCCAAGGUUCUUUCGUGA